AUGGCAGACGACAGCGUACAAACCAUCAAGGUGGUGGUUGUCGGUGAUGGAUCCACGGGGAAGACGUCCAUCAUCACACGGUACUGCCAAGACGCGUUUGCACCCGCCUACAACCAAACCGUUGGCCUGGACUUUUUCCUCAAGCGCGUCGACCUUCCAAAGGACAAACACGUAACCAUGCAGUUAUGGGACGUUGGUGGUCAGAGUAUUGGCGGCAAGAUGCUGAAGACAUACCUGGAGAACGCACAGGUGGUGCUGUUUGUGUACGACAUCUCCAACCGCGAGAGCUUUGAGAACCUCAAUGACUGGCGGGCCAUUGUCACAAAGACAUUUGUGGACAAGCCAAAGAAGCCAAAGUGUGCCCUCGUCGCUAACAAAGUUGAUCUCGAGCACCAGCGUGCCGUCUCCCCCGCCCUACAUGCCCAGCGCUGCAAUAACUCGGGCUGGAUGUCCUUCCACGUCUCCGCCAGAAACUCAAAGGCGAUUGAGCUCAUGUUCCGCGAAAUCAUUGCGGAGAUCACCGGUGUGAGCGUUUCCCAGCAGGAACAGGAGGCCGUCAGGUUGAAAGCGGUGACGACGUCCAUCCCUGUACAGAGCCAUGCGGAGCGCGAGAGCGUGGCAAGCCUUGGACAGCAGGCAGAUGCUUCCCCGACACGAAAACCCAUCAAGUCACAGUCCAACACAUCAGGAUUUCCACCAAAUAUCUACAUUUCCCACCGCGCCGCGCGUUUUGGCCCAAACGCAACGCAUGCUGUGCUUGAAGCCACUCUUGUUGUUCUACACAUGUCCAUCCCAUCCAUCAACACGAGCGCCUCUCCUCUCCCAGUAUCAUCAUCAUCAUCAUCAUCAUCAUCAUCACUGCCAUCAGCCACUCAGCGGCAAUACCCACACGUAGGAUAUCUGUCUCUGCUGUGUAACAUGGCGGGGUCGUCAGUGCCGGCCUCGCAACCUGCACCAGCAACCGUUGUUCCAACCACACCAACUACAACAGGAUCCACAGCGACAUCAGACGAUGCCACGCCACACACAUCGUCAUCAUCCUCAGCAUCGUCUCGGUUCACAUGCGACAUAUGCGGGAAGGACUAUGCACAUAAGCGAAAUCUAUGGCGACACAAGCAGCAGACCCACUUUGGGAAGCAGACCACGUUCCCGUGCCCAUUUCCAGGCUGCUCCUCCACCUUCACCCGAAAGUCCGACUUGCGCGUCCAUGAGCGCGUGCACACUGGCGAACGGCCGUACCAGUGCUGCAUAUGCUCAGCCACUUUUGUCCGCAGCAGCGACUAUCGCGUCAGUGGACACACGUGUGCAUGCAUAUGCGUGUGCGUGUGA